AAAGAAACACGCCCCGAGACGACUCGUUCCCUGUAACAUUAAAGAUUCGUUUAUAGAGAACUAUGAUUUCAUCAUCAACCGGACCGCAGACAGAAAAGCAGCAAGAUAGCGCUCCUCAUUUCCACAUUACUGAACAAGUGAAAUCAAUCGGUUUGCCAUGGACGGGUGUGCGCAGAUGUGUAAAUGUUUCCUGAUCCUGUUUAACUUUCUGUUCGCGCUGGUGGGGUUCGGUCUGGUGGCUCUAGGAAUGUGGCUCCGGUUUGGAGCAGAGACCCGUGGGUUCUUCGACAUCGAUCUGAACACUGCUCAGUUCAACAUCGGAGUGUCGGUGCUGGUGGUCACCGGGUGCCUGAUGCUGGUGAUGGCCAUCAUCGGUGACUGUGGUGCCUGCAACAACAGCAAAGCAGCUCUCGGUGUGUUUUCUGGCCUGCUGACCGUUCUGAUCAUCAUUGAAAUCGCAGCUGGUGUGAUGGCCUUCAUGUGGAGUGACCGGGUGUCAGGUGAGUUGGUGAACUUCUAUGCCACAAUCUACGCUCAGUAUCUCAACACCAGGAGCCCCGCUCAAGCCGUCACCCUAAAACUGUUCCACAACACUUUCGACUGCUGCGGUGUCGGUGGAUCGAUUGAGAUGUUUGUGCGAGACACCUGUCCAAAAGCCAGCUUCCUGGAGAAGCUGAUGUAUUCUAGCUGUCCCAGUGUGAUCGAUGAGGUCUUCGACGCGAACGCACCGCUAGUGUUGGGAGGGUUUCUGGGGACGGCAGGAAUCAUGCUGGUGGCACUCGUCUGCAGCUGUUUGCUCUAUGGUAACCUCAAGCCAUCUUACUAUUCUCCACCCAUCUACUGAACCUCCACUCUUCUGCUGAUGGUUGGAUGACUUCGGUCAAAGGUCAAGGGAUUCACUCUUGUGUGUGUGUGUGUGUAUGUGUCAAUCUCUUUAAAAUUCCUUCUCAAUUCUUCAAUCUAAACCGAGGCGAAUUAAAGUCGACAGAAUUUCACAGAAAUCAAAUUUGUUCUGCUGUAGUUUGUAAUGCCUCUUUUCAUUUAUCACUCAUAUUAAAACUAGAUGCUGUUUAGACUUUUGGUUUUACUGCAUUAAUGUUGUGGAUCGAAGUCAUUUCUUCAGUUUUGAAUUCUGCAUGAUAAUGUUACACUGUAACUCACUGUCUGUUACCAUCUCGUCCUGAAUAUUGAAUUGUCUUGCUGUACAAUUAAAAUCUGAAUGUUUCUUGUUUGUUUUUACUGUGAUACAUUAAAGAAACCUCCACAAAGCCA